AAAGCCCACGUCAUCCAACGUCAUCGAUGACGUAGCCAGUAAAGGGUAACCUUCCGAGGCGAAGAGAAGAUGGCUUCAAGCUUCAACAACCUGUCGAAACUCGGCAAGGCGUCUGUACAGAUUGUCAGGGCCGAGAUCGGGCUUUUGAACGCCAGAACAUGCUAUUACACGUGUCGUGUGCUGACAGUAAAAACACCAGAGCUGCUGACAAAACCGGAUGAUGUCCAGAUCACACAGAGCAGAACCUUCUUCAACCCAUUUGACAAGGCAGCAGAACUCAGUCCCUUCAAGUCCAACAGGAGAAAGGAGUACUCGGAGAGAAGAAUCUUAGGAUACACCAUGGAUGAGAUGUACAGGGUAGUAGCUGAUGUGAAUGAGUACAAACACUUUGUGCCGUGGUGUCUGAGCUCCAGUGUUGUGGCACAGAAGCCUGGGCACGCCAAGGCCAAACUUGAGGUUGGCUUCUCACCUCUGGUGGAGAGAUACACGUCAACACUCACACUGGCUCGGCCACAUCUUGUCAAGGCAGUAUGUACUGAUGGCAAGCUGUUCAAUCAUCUGAUCACGGUGUGGAGGUUCAGCCCUGGUCUACCUGACAACCCCAGGACAUGCACUCUGGACUUCUGGAUAUCGUUUGAGUUCCGGUCAGCGCUGCACUCAAAGUUGGCGUACAUGUUCUUUGAUGAGGUGGUGAAGAAGAUGGUGAAGGCGUUUGAGAAACGAGCUGCGGCAGUUUACGGGGAGACAGCGAUUAGGUCUCAGAUUAUCUCUCACAGUACAUCAUGAUGGGGGUUUAUCUUGGGAUGAACAACAGACAUAUAGGGAAAAUUUGUCAGCAGAUUUGGAUAAAAAUUGUUUUGAUAUUUUGUGCUGCUAAAUAAAGUUACUGCCUGUACAAUAUUAAGGUACAAAUUCACGAUUUUAUGGACAAAAUUUGGCAUGCGUUUCUUAGAAAUAAAAGAUGAGGACUGUUUUAUGUAUGGAGGUAAGGAUUGACACCCAGACUGUACAAAAGGAGUAUUGUGUAUGCUGAGAAAAGACAGAUACUUUAUGAAAAGUAAUGUGUACGUGUAAGUCAUAAAUGGUGGCCCCUAAUUGGUUGAGUCCAGGGCUUUUAAAUCAUGUAUUUUUGAAAGCGACACCAAGAAAAAAAGUUUGUCUCCAAUUUUUUUUAAAUGUCCUAAUUCCCUUGGCAGAAUAUCUUGUAGCUCAGAAUUGCUUGUCUGACAAUUACAUUUUGUACAUAUAUAUUAAAUAGGAACACAUAUUUGUGAUGGUUGCAUAAGACAAAAACACUACUACUGGAUUUUGAGAAUGAUCAAACAAAAAAGAUUAGGUACUUGAUCAAGCCUUACACUGUGAUCAGUCAAUUCACUGUAGAAAUGCAACUCAGGAAAAAUCAAGGACCAUUACUCACAGAGAUGUUAGCAGUUAAGUUGGGUACCGUAAUUUCAGUUGAAAACAAGGGCUGAAUCACUCAUUAACACUUUUAGUUGACUUGUUUCUCACAGAUGUUUUACAACUUACUUUCUCAUCUUGUGGACUGAUAUUGCUUUAUUAAGAAACAGUUGAUGAGUUCUUCAUUUAAGUUAUAGAUGUUUGUAAAUAAGUAAAGAAAAGUAUGGAUUUUUUCUUCGCUGAUAUGAACAUUCAAACAGAAAUCCAUAUAAAAUUGUUCAUUUGGUAUUUAUUUAAUACAUAUAUUUAUAUUAAAUGAUUGGAUCAAGUUUGUUGAGAAAACCUUUUGAAGUGAAAGUCAAUGUUUGGAACGUGAACGGUAAUGCAAUCUAAUAACAGAAAAAAUGGUUUUAUUUGUUAUAAGGACUUCACAGUUGCAUGUGAUUUUACAUUCUAAAGUAUUAAAAGUUUAUGAGUAUUUAAAAAUACAUAUUUUUAGAUCAAACAGAAAGGUGGAAAUUAAUUUCCAUAGUAGGUUCUGUGAUGAACUUGAACAUUUGGUAUUGUGCUGGAUGUUGUCAUUUAAAAUCUUACUAUUGUAUUCUUAGGAAGCUAGUAUUGAGAGCUACUGAAAUGUCUUGUGUUGUAAUUUCACCAUAUUUAAACUUUAUUUGUUUUGAUCACUAUGCACUUC